AUGAAGUUAUUAAUUGUACUUAUUGCUACUUUGGGAGUGGCUUGUGCCUUCCCACAUGGCUUUGGUGGUAAUGCUGGAGCUGAUGCCGGUGCUAAUGCGUCAGCUAGUGGCGGCGGAGGCGGCUUCGGAGGCCCCCAGGGUCACCGUGGCGGUUAUGGUGGUCCCGGUGGUCCUGGUGGUCCUGGUGGAUUUAUUCCAGGAGGUCCAGGAGGUCCAGGAGGUCCAGGUGGUCCAGGUGGUCCAGGUGGUCAUGGAGGUUCUGGUGGAUUUAUUCCCGGUGGUCCAGGUGGCCCAGGCGGUUAUGGAGGCGGCCAAGGUGGUCCUGGUGUCUACGGAGGCGGUAGUGCGAAUGCCAACGCAAAGGCGAGCUCCAACGCGUAUGGUAGUGGUAAUGCCAAUGCCAAUGCCAAUGCCAGUGCAAAGGCUCAAGCUGGAGGCUUUGGUGGCGCCCAGGCUAGUGCAAACGCUCAGGCUAGUGCCUCAGCCGGUUCCGCAUUCUAG